UUUUCAAUUUUCAUUCAAUUUGUAAUUGUACUUGAACCGGCGCGGUCUUCGAGUUUUCGAGAAAAUUAUUAAAACGCAUUGAAGCACGUGUAAUUGCAAGCGUUAGUUGCGAAAAACAUUCCUAGCUUUGUCUGAAUCAGUAUAUAAUUAAGAUAAGAACAUGACUGUCGAUCAAGGAAUCGAUAUUACAAAAGCUGGAGACCGUGGUGUGUUGAAAAGAAUAAUUAAAGAGGGAGAAGGCACGGAAACUCCAAAUGCUGGUGUCGAAGUAACCGUGCAUUAUACAGGAACGCUUUUGGAUGGUACAAAGUUCGAUUCCAGCAAAGAUCGAAAUGAGCCCUUCGAGUUUACACUCGGAAAAGGGAGUGUUAUAAAAGCAUGGGAUAUUGGUGUAGCUACUAUGAAAAAGGGUGAAGUGUGUAUGUUGACCUGUGCUCCUGAAUAUGCUUAUGGGGCGAGAGGAAGUCCACCUAAAAUCCCACCCAAUUCCACAUUGCAAUUUGAGAUUGAGAUGAUUGACUGGAAGUUGGAGGAUCUCAGUCCUAGCAAGAACAAGGGUAUUCUACGGUACAUUAUAGAGCAGGGAUCAGGCUUCGAUAACCCCAAUGAUGGAUCUGUUGUGACAGUGGAAUUGGAGGGCAAGUAUGGUGACAAGAUCUUCGACACUCGUACAGUGACAUUCACACUCGGAGAGGGCAGCGAUCAGAACAUUUGCGAAGGUAUCGAAAGGGCCCUCGAGAAGUUCCUCAAAGACGAGAAAUCACGACUGACUAUUCAGCCCAAGUAUGCUUUCAAAUCCGAGGGUCAUUCUGAAUUGGGGGUGCCUCCGAACACAACAGUUGAGUACACAGUGAAACUAAUCAGCUUUGAAAAGGCCAAGGACUCCUGGGCCAUGGACGGUGAUGAGAAGUUGGAGCAGGCCAAAAUAGCUAAGGACAAGGGAACGGAAUAUUUCAAAGGGAACAAGUUUCAGUUGGCGAUUAAGAAGUACAGGAAGGUUGUCUCGUUGCUUGAAGACAUGCCGGAAGACGCAUCUGAACCUGAGGAGAACAAAUCCAAGGCCAAGGACCUAUUGAUAUCUGCUCACCUGAACCUGUCUCUCGUGUAUCUAAAAGUUGCGCCGGCGCAUCACUUCGAGGCGAAGGACCACGCCACCAAGGCACUGAAGUUUGACCCUAAGAAUGUUAAGGGUCUGUUUAGAAGGGGGCAAGCUAUGUUGGGUUUGGGUGAAGCUGAGAUGGCCAUGAAAGACUUUGAAGCUGUUGUUGAAAUGGAGCCUCAGAAUAAGGCGGCAGCGAACCAAGUGAUAGUGUGCCGCAACACGAUACAGCGGCAGAAGCAGAAGGAAAAGCAGAUGUACGCCAACAUGUUCGACAAGUUCGCCAAACACGACACGCAGGUGGAAAAGCAGCGCGCCAAAGAGGAGGUGGACAUCAUCGGCGAGAAGGUCGGCGAGUGGGGCAAGGGCGAGGGCGAGUGGACCGACCGCCAGCGGGACAGGAAGCCCACCGAGUUCGAGAAGGAGAACCCCAAUAUACUGAUGCUGGAUAAGGAUGGACAGUUCGAGAACAUGUGAAAAGGUUGGCGACCAACCAGUUUGUUGGCCGAUGUUGGUUAUGGGAAUUGCAGUUUGUCAAACAAUAUAUUAAACUUCUCCUGUAAGCUUACGAUUUUAUCCAUAAAAGUUGCCUUAUAACUAUAGCAUACCACGUGGGCCUUAAAAAUCCCUCGAAAAACCAAAGGUUUCGCUAAAAACAGCACAUCCAGGAUUUAUUAUACCAUAAUAUACACUAUAGGUACUAUUAUACAAUAUAUGUCUUACAAUUCAAGCAAAAAAUGUGCAUUUCAAUUAUCUAGGAACCCUCUCACAUUAGGAUUUUACGUAAUUUUAAAUAUUUACUAUAAGCAAUAACUGGAUUUAAUGUAGGCUAUAUUUUAGUCCAAGAGACGAAGUUUGUUUUGCUUUAUUGUUUAUGUUAUUCUUAACUAUGAAGACUCCGUUGCAAUUCUUUUUAGCUGACAUCGUCAGAUCUCUGCCCCUACUUACGAAUAGUAAGCCUUUCCAAAUACUUAUUGUAUAAAUGUGAUAAAUUAACUUCAGUCAUAAAUAAGUUCUCAAAUUAAAAUCAAAUUUUAGCGGCUGUUUCGAUUUACACAAUGUAGUGUCUUGCUAGAAUGAGAAGGAAUAUAUGCACUAUUUUGGCCUUCGAUCAUAUACAUACUUGUAUUCUAUCUCUCAUUCCAAAUGGCUAUCUGAGCGAGAUAGACUUAUUAGCUCGCUCAGAUACCCUUUUAUUUUACAAGUGUGUAUUGGUGUAUUAUUUAAUUUUUUACCAUUAAUGUAAUUUUAAUAUGAGGGUACUUUAAAGCUAGAAAUCGUAGCAUUAGCUUCGUAUGUGCGUACACCUGUCGUGUCUUAUACAAUGCAUGAUUAUAAACGUAGGAAGGAGAUUGAAAUAUGAAUACUAUUCGAGCACCAAAAUGAUAUGAAACAUAUGUUUGUCUCUUUCUUUUGUUUGGCUAUAAUCGUGCUAUCUCAAUCUAAACAUGUACUUUACAAAUUAAUUAAGGUGCCUUUUACGUAUAUAACCAUAUUAUACAAUAAAUGAAUAUUUACAGCAAUAAUUUCUCAAAUAUAUUCAUAUCGCAUUUAAGUCCUUACCAAUAGUUCAAAUAUUAAAAGCAAUACGUUUUGAGUAGUUUUUAAUGGAAUUAGUGUUCUUGAUGAAUUUAAGUCGAGAUGUUUUGCAAGCGUAAUAAUAGUGCAAUACACUGAUAUUUUUCAAGUUUUCUUACAGAGACUUCCUGCUUUAAUUUUUUCAUUAUUGAUAGAUUUUAAGAAAAAAAAUCUUAUUAUAUAUGUAAUAGGACCUGAAAAAUCUGCGAUAUCCCGUGAAUUUUAUUAACAUAAGAAUUUGUUUAAAGGAAAAAAUAUCCACAUCAGUACAUGUUGUAUCUCCAUGUAGUUUGUUUAUACGUAUGUUUGUGUGUAUAUCGGGUUUUACUGGUUUAUUAUAAUUGUUCGAGUGUCAUUGUUACUGACAAGGCGAGUUCCAAUAAAGUGCUGUUAUGCAGUU